UUUGCUCAGCAUGGAUGCCGACCAACUUCAGAAACUCUUGAACAACAUUACCCGGUUAUUCGAACGAGCUACGACUGACAUCAUCAACGGCAAUAAAAAUGACAUAACAAAAGCAAAACUGGGACGUUCAUCAGAAGUCCCGCAUGCCGCAAAUGAAACCCAAAACAGAAUCCUAGAGGUGAGAAAUAAUCGUCAAGGCAAGACCCGGGAGAACGACAUAGCUACGAAACCAAUCAAGAAGAAACCAAAACGUACCUGUGCGGAGAUUCGAACAGCUAGCGAUGAAGAUGCCAGGGUGCCAAGUGAGAGGGAGCAAGUGGAAGCACCCAAAGGCAACGAGAGAGAUGCCAAGAUUGCGGAAACUGAGAGCGAAUCGAGAGGUGACGGAAAGUCAGUGACCCCGAAUCAAAGGGUGGUGUGUCGCAAAAAGAAGGGAACAGAAGACGAUAACCCUGUGAAGACAAAGGAAGAAGUAAGGUUUGACCCUCGGGAUGAUAAGGACAAAAUAGUGAUGGUGCCAGUUGGUGUCAUCACGACCGAGAAAUGCGAAGAACCUAAUAGGAAGGAAUCUGAUCCACGCAAAGCAAGAUCGGAUUGUCGCAAUGAUGAUAUCAUACUUGUUGAGCGAAAAACCCACGAGGUUGAAUCAGAUCGUCUUAGUAGCCGUGAUAGCUCCACUGAUGGUGCUGAAAGCGAUAAUGACUGUGAUGGAAGACAUACUACAGAAAUCGCCACGGACUAUUGUAAUCAAGGAGGAGAAGACGACACCGCCGAACGAGUGAAGCCAAUAAACCCCGAACCUGACCCCAGGAGAACUCCAUCAGCACACCGAGAAAUAGGAGUGCUAUGGAAUAGACGAAUCUGGAAAUGGUGGCAAAGGAAAGGAGAUGAUGAAAUCACCAUAAUGCACCUGAUUAAGAGCAUGCCCAUGAAUACAUGGAUAAAUGCGCCUGCGGCGAAACAAUGGAACUGUACCACUAUGUCACAUUGUAAAGCUGUUGGACGAAGAAAAAGAUUGACAGAACACAUAGUGAUACACCAACGGAGGUUAAAUUCCGGAGGACAUAAGCAAUGCAACACUUACUGCCUCAAGCCGAGUGAAUCCCAUAGAUGGAAGUUCCACCUAGAAUAUUUUGAAGAAAGGCACAGGAUCAUGAUGACGGCACGUAGGAGAAAAAAAGUCGUUAAAAAUAAACCUAAUCUUAGGAACACCCAACUUGCGAUAAAUGAAAUAUGU